AUGAAUUCUCUUCGUUCCGCUUCAAUCAGAGCUUUACACUUGAGAAAAUCGUGUUUGAUCGGGUAUUGCACAAGAGGCAUGGCUUUCAACACAGAUCUCUCAAUCAAUCAUCACACUAGCUCUUCAACAAUGAAAAUCAAAUUCUUUCCGAUCAUAACCUGUACGAACCGAAGAGCUUUCUGUAAAAACUUCUCACUUCACAAUAACAACACUGUUGAAGACAGCCAAGCUAAAAAUGGCGAAGAGGUAGAAACAAACAGUGACUAUUUUGCUUGCUUGGCGUCCGUUGUGGAUUCAUGUGAAAAAUCAGAAAAUCAGGACGCUUUGUUUUCUUUAUUGAAAGAGCUGCUAGACAAGAAGGAUAUGGAAUCUUUGAAAAUGGUGUAUUUCAUGCUUAUGAAAGAGAACUUAGUUAAACAAUCUAUGUCAUUUACACUUACUUCUGAAACAUUAUUCGGUCUCAUUUACGAGACAAAUCAGUGUAAAAAAUUUGGAGAGACGAUACAUCAAACAAGUGAGGUAUUUGAUUAUCUAAAAAGGCUCUCAAAUACCGAUAACAAGUUGAAGAAGUCAGUAACAAAACAAAAGAUAGAUAUUGCUCUAGAGCUGCUAAAACAAAUUAGGAAGUAUAAGGAGCUGAAAUUGGUUAUCAAAAUAUUAUCUAAAGAGUUACCAACGAUAACAGGACUUAAGAGAGCUGAGUGGUUGACAAUUUUAGCAAAGGCUAUCGAGAAGUCAAAGCUUAACUCUAAUGUAAAAUUAACCUACUCUCAAAUUUUUUCAUACAUUGAUACCUAUACCAAAACAAAAGACCCAAGUACGAUUUAUGAUUUUCUAUGCACCCGAGGAUCUCUUUCUUCCCUAUCUAAUGGAACAUCUCCUUUAGGCAUUGGCUCCAUAGUAUCACCAAUGUUAGCAAAACCUAUGAAGCAAAUAGAUGCAGAUUUUUUGACAAAGUUAAAGAACGAAGGAGAAUCUCAAAUAAUUUGUGAACGCAAAUACGAUGGAGAGCGCUUGUUGUUGCAUUUUGAUGCAUCAACAAAUCAAGUUUUGAGUUUCUCUAGAAAUAGAAAAGCAACAGAUUUACUAAAACAUUACCCAGUUGAAAAAGAGUCGUUGAUGCAAUCCAUACUAUCACAGAAUAACAAAAGAAGCUUCAUUCUGGACUGUGAAUAUAUUAUUUGUGACAAAGAUUCUGGAAAAGUGGCCAGCUUCCAAGAAUUUCAAAAUAGAGCCAAGUUAGCAUCAUCAAUGAACCCUUUGAUUCGAGCAUUUGAUAUCCUUUUUCUGGAUGAUCAAUCUCUAACCAACUCUCCCUUACAGCACAGAAGAAAUAUUCUGGAAGAUAUUGUAUCAAACAUUGACAAUUCAGUUCUUAAAAUGUCUGAGGCAAAAGUAUUUGAUAUUCAUUCUACGGAUUUGGAAAAGAUUGUGGAUGAUAUUUAUGACACAAUGAAUGAAUCUCUAGCUUCCAACUGCGAAGGGCUCAUCAUCAAAUGCCUCUCUUCAAGUUAUGAAUUUGGUAAGAGAGGAUGGUACAAAUUGAAAAAGGAGUACAUUAAGGAAGGUCUUUACGAUACAAUGGAUCUAAUUGUUCUUGGAGCAAAGAAAGGAAACGGUAAAAGGUCAGGCGUGUUUGGAUCCUUCUUGAUGGGAGCUAUCGACACAAAAACUGGUAAAAUUUGUACUGUUUGCUUUGUUGGAUCAGGAUUAUCCAACAAGUUGCUUGAACUGUUGACAAACGAAUCCCUCAAACAUUACAUUCCAACUCCUCUAAUCUCUGAUGAACGGGACCUCGAAAGCAAAUACGGUGUAGUUGUUCCUAAAAGUGCAUUCAAAUCUAUUGACUGCUGGUUCGUACCGCAACUUGUAUGUGAAGUGUCUGGUGCAGACAUUACCAAGUCCAACGCCACAAGCUCUGGCUUGGGCAUACGUUUUCCUGUGUUCGUAAAAACACGAGAGGAUAAGACACCUGAAAUGGCCACCACACUUGAAGACCUCCAGGAAAUGCGCAAAGCCCAACAAUCAAAAAUACUUCCCAGUAUCGAUGAACCAUAA